GUGUCUCGUCGUCUCGGUGCCUUUCUCUAUCGUCCCGAUCCGUCGUUCAUCAGAGUCGUAACCGUACGCCCUCGUUCCCCUCGUCGCUCUCCCAAGUCCCAACCCCGGUUCCUUUGGUCUGCGCGAGCGAGCAUGGCGUCGCCGUCGCCCGCCGUCUCGUCUCUGGAGACGGAGGCGCCCCAGGCUACCGUCACGAGGGAGCGCAGGCUCAACCCCGACCUGCAGGAGCACCUUCCCAAGCCAUAUCUCGCGAGGGCUAUGGUGGCGGUGGACCCGGACCAUCCGACCGGGACCGAGGGGCGCGACCCCCGCGGCAUGAGCGUGCUUCAGCAGCACGUGGCUUUCUUCGACCGCAACGGCGACGGCGUCGUCUACCCCUGGGAGACUUUCAAAGGCAUGCGAGCAAUAGGGUGUGGGUUCUUUACAUCCCUCGUCAUCUCGUUCCUCAUCAACCUCGUCAUGAGUUAUCCCACUCAGCCGGGAUGGCUACCCUCCCUUUUGCUCUCCGUUCAUGUAAAGAACAUUCAUAAGGCUAAACACGGGAGUGACUCCGAAACGUAUGACACUGAAGGGAGGUUUGACCCAUCAAAAUUCGACGCUAUAUUUAGCAAGUAUGGUCGUACUCAUCCAGAUGCGUUGACAAAAGAUGAGAUGAAUUCGAUGCUUAAGGCAAACCGCAAUAUAUAUGAUUUCCUCGGCUGUGCCAGAAUGGAAGUUUACAUUGUGUAUCCAUAGGAUCGCUGCUAUCGGUGAAUGGCAUCUACUCUACAGCGUGGCAAAGGACAAAGAUGGCCUGUUGCAGCGAGAAAUUGUCCGGGGCCUGUUCGAUGCGAGUCUAUUUGAGCGACUGCAGGACAGCAAAAAAUCCUCCUGAGUCCUGAUGAAUGGGCUAGAGAGGAGUUCCCACCUCAAGAAGACCGACAGUAGAAAACUAGCAUGUUAUAAUUAUUGUCCUCCGUAAUUUCUUUAGAAAAUGUAAUUUGAGUCGUCUUCGAAUAAGAAAUGUUUCCAUGAUGUAGUCAAUACAUAUUAUUGUAGAACUAUCAUGGUCAUCUUGUUUAUUUAAUACUCUCUUUGUUUCAAAA